AUGGAAGAGAAGGAUGUGAUGCUUAGAAAAAUACUUAAGGUAACGUAUCUAUCUGUGCAGAAGUUUGGAAUCAGUCUUAACAGCGUGUCUUCAGAUAAAGUGCAGGAGAAGAUGGAGGCUCUCCUUGAUUAUCUUGGAAAAAAAGAGCAGGAGUGUCUCCGCAUUGAAAAAGAAAUAAAAAAAGAGGAGGAGAAAGCUAAGAAUGAGGUGAUAGUGAGCAUGGUGGACUUCUUGGGGAGAAGAGGGUUUAUCCAGACAGCAAAGGAAAUACAAAAUGAGUACCAGCUGGAGCAUCUCGUGGAUAUAGAGAAGUACGUGGUUACAAAAGAGUCUGUGAAGAAUGCAUUCAAAAAAAACUGCAGCGAGAUCAAUUUGGAUACCAACGAGCUGGGAACAGAAGAUCACAGCCAGGCAAUGCGCACUGCCAUUGUGUGCAGAGACUUUGUGAGAAUUUGCGAGUCUGCAGAGAGCAAAGAGAGCGCACACGCCUUUGCAAAGAAGUACGGAAAAGAAAUACCCAGCAGAAUUCUUCUUCUUUUGGUGCUUCCUCGGGAAUCGCCAUUAUUUUCCAAAAUAUCUAAGGAACACAAAGUCGAAGAAAUAACGGACUUUCUAAUGAAGGAUGUAUCGACAAAAGACAAACAGAACUACUUUUACCAAAGAGUGGCACUUGGGAUAUCGGGAUUUAUCACGCCUGCAUGCAAAGAAAAAGAAGAGUCCAACUGCCCGGGAUGCUCAAGAAGCGUGUCUAGGAUAGCUGCUAACUCGCCAAAGAGCAUGCGCAGUAGCAGUCGUCCGCUGUGCUCUCUUUUGCACACUGCAAUACCGCCCAGCCAUGCAACAUACAUUACAAGCGAUGGGAAAGUCUACGGAGAGUGCGGAGCUAAGAUUUUAGGAUACAAUCCUAGGCUAAGAACUAACUCGUUUAAAAAGUGCUAUUUUGUUUAG